AUGCAGCCCAAAUUCGCUUGCGCUCUCGCCGUCUUGGUGCAAAUGGCCCUUGCUGCCCCAAUGAAGGCUUGCACUAUGAGAUCCGACAGCAACUCUCAUAGUCUCCUCAAACGCUCCCGCAUGGCUAGUAAGCUCAGAGGCAAGUUCGAUUUGGGAGAUGCGUGUGUAGCUGGAGGAACUGCCGUGUUGGGCACUGAGGCGUGUCUUGGUUACCAGAUGUACAAGGGCGAACAGGAGUUCCAGCGCAAACAGCAAGCGGAGCAAGAGGGGCUUGAAGUGGCCGCGGGACGUGCACCAGAACCACAGAAGCCGAAACCCAAGAAGGAAUCCUCGGGGACGUCUUAUCCUGCAUGGACGUCUGCAUAA